AUGUUGAUUUUACGGGGAAUCAGUUCCCCGUUCGUCGUGCUCACCGUCUGGCUCCACCAGGCAGUCGCCCAAACCAACUGUGGAGGCAGCCUCUACACCCCCGGCACCGUCAAUUUUACCCUCGCCUGUUACGAGGCCAUCGCCAAUUGCGCUGGACAAUUCGAGGCCAACCCGAGCCAGGUAGACUGCAACGAUGGCACGGGAAACGUGUAUAUGCAGCAGAAGGCCAAUCUCCAAGCGACCGGGUCCAGCCAGAACAACGAUGCCGACAUUGCAUUCCAGGAUAUUCGAGAUCUGUGCAUUCUGAGUGGGCAGACGACCGGCACCUGGGGCUAUAGCGACAACCAGUGGUACUGGAUUGCCGCAGGUAAUGGGUGCUAUACCAACGAUGCUACCCGUACGGACGUCGUCCCAACCCAUCCAGCGCCAUUCUGCAUCCAAAAUCGCGAUUCAGGUCUUCCAGAAUGCUACCCAGAGCCGGCGCCGGCCGUGGCAGGGCCUCUCAAAGUUGUCAAGACGGCCAAGACCAGGAAUGGCUUUACGUCCUCGGGCCGGGGCUGGAACACGUACGGAAUCCAGGCCCUAAAGAAUGGCUCGGAAGUGAUCCCAUCGUUUGCUGGACAAGCUGGGCUCAACUUCAACCAAAAGUUCGUCCAGACUCAAUGUGCAGUUCUCAGUCAAGCGGCCUUCACAGCCGCCGGGUAUGACCUGUGCAGCCUGGAUUCGGGCUGGCAGGCCUCCGCCGUGGAUGAGUAUGGACGAAUUCUUUAUAAUGACACUCGAUUUAACUUCCCAGAGCUAGGAUCGUGGCUCCAUGAGCGCGGCUUGAAGUUCGGUGUCUAUGUAACUCCCGGCGUUCCGUGCAGCGCCGCUAACAAGACCAUCCUGGGAACGAAUACUAAAAUCGGAGAUGUUUUGGACGGCAACAAUAACCAGAUCUUCUGCGAUUGGGAUUUCAGCAAGGCUGCCGUACAAACGUGGCAUGACUCAGUCGUUAAGCUAUGGGCUUCAUGGGGAGUGGACAUGAUUAAGCUGGACUUUGUAACUCCGGGGAGCCCGUCCAAUGGAGCAAACCUUGCUUGUGACAGCUCUGACGCCGUGAGAGCCUACCAAAAUGCCAUUGAAAAGACCGGGAAACAGAUGAGACUGGAUAUCUCGUGGAAACUGUGUCGGAAUGAAACCUGGCUGCCCGUAUGGAGCGGACUGGCCGACUCCAUGAGGACGGACCAAGAUCUGGAUAAUUACGGCACCAACACGUUCAUGGCCUGGCAGGUUGGGCAGCGAGCCAUCAACAACUAUCGCCAGUACAUUGGUCUACAGGUCCAGCGCAAUGUUGAAGUUACCAUUUAUCCAGACAUGGAUAACCUGUUCACGGGAAAUUCAGAGAACCUGACCGGUGUGAAUGACAGCAUUCGAACUACCGUCAUGAACCACUGGCUGGGUGCUGCAGCGAAUCUUGUCCUCGGGUCAGAUCUGACACAAAUCGACGAAUUGGGUCACAAGUUGAUCACAAGUAGCCAGUCAAUUGCUGCGGCUGACUUCUUUGCCAAAUAUCCCAUGCAACCACGCAAUCCCGGCACUGGAAACAACCUCGCCGAGCAGCUGCAGGCUUGGAUCGGCGGACCCUCAGAUAGCAAUGAUGAAGCAUAUGUUCUCGUUGUCAACUACGGACCUGACCAAGGACAGGGAGGCUUUGGAACUCAGUUGUAUGGCAGCCAAAAAGUUACCGUAUCGCUAGAGGACUUGGGUAUUGCGAGCUCAGCGUGGAAGUUUACAGACAUCUGGGCGGGCAACUCCACCACGGUCUCCACGUCGUACUCAGCUUGGCUGACAGAAGGUGCUUCUCAGUUAUUGCAUUUGAGCAAAGCUUAA